GACCCCAAACCCCCUCCAACUCUACCUCAGACCACUCCGCCACCGGCACCACAGCUUCCAUCGGAUCCCUUCGCCAUGUCGGCCGCCGCGCUCAGGGCUCUACUGAACUCCCAUGUCACUUCAAUGUUCAACACGGGUACGGUGGACGAGUAUUUCCAGUACCUGCAGUCGGUGGAAGAGGACGGCAGCUCAGCGCCGGGCUUGGUUGCCGAGGUCAUCAACCUCUUCAUCGGCGACGCCAACAGCAUCCUCAACGGCAUCGCUGGCCUGCUCAGGAACCAGCCCGUGGUAGAUUUCAACAAGGUGGACGACCUGGUGCAUCAGCUCAAGGGGUGCAGCUGCAGUGUUGGUGCUAAGAAAGUGAACCUCUGCUGUAUGUACUUCCAUCAGUUCAUUGAGUCAAGAAGCAAAGAAGGGUGCCUCAUGGCGUUGUCUCUUCUUAGGAAUGAGUUCUGCGAUGUGUGCAACAAGUUCCAGACCAUGAUGCAGCUGGAGCAGCAGAUCGCAGCCUGUGGUCCUAAGUAGUAGCAAUCGAAGCAAAAGGAGCAUAGCCCCAUGUGAUCCCACCCAUGAUGGGGUGUAUUUAUCUCUGAAGGCGCAAACAAUAUUCAACAUGUGUCUGGCUUUCAGGCGGUUAUAAAAUAACAUGAGGAAUCUUGUGUAGGAACUCGAGUCACACAAAUCUUCAAAAAAAUCGUUGUCAUGUGUCUAUGUCUCUUUCAAGUCUAUAUCAGGUUGUGCUUGUUGGGCUUCCCCGGCCCAUGCAAUUUGUGAACUCUUUACCUAGUUGGCUGGUUAAUGGUGUCUUCAUUUUGUCAUAC